GACGUGCCUCCUCCGUGUGGUAAGGUGACCCGCAUUCGGGAUCUGCUCAGUAACGGCGCGGAGGGAAGAGGACCGAGAAGAAAAGGAGCCGAACUUAGCCGAGCAGGUGCAGAAGAGCGGUCAACAUGUCUCUGUCCAACAAGCUCACCUUGGACAAGGUGGAUGUGAACGGGAAGCGCGUGCUAAUGAGGGUUGAUUUUAACGUACCCAUGAAGGACAAGCAGAUCACAAACAACCAGAGGAUCAAGGCUGCGAUCCCUUCCAUUAAGUACUGUCUCGACCAUGGGGCCAAAGCUGUGGUCCUCAUGAGCCACCUGGGGAGGCCCGAUGGCGUCCCCAUGCCUGAGAAGUUCUCUCUCGAACCCGUUGGUGCAGAGCUUAAGACCCUCCUUGGCAGGGAUGUUCUCUUCCAGAAAGACUGCGUGGGUCCUCAGGUGGAGAGCGCCUGCGCCAACCCGGCUCCCGGUUCGGUCAUCCUGCUGGAGAACCUGCGUUUCCACCUGGCCGAGGAAGGCAAGGGCAAGGAUGCUGCGGGCAACAAGACCAAAGCCACCCAGGAGCAGAUCGACUCGUUCCGAGCCUCCCUGUCUAAACUGGGUGACAUCUACGUGAACGAUGCUUUUGGAACUGCCCACAGAGCUCACAGCUCCAUGGUGGGUGUGAACCUGCCCCAGAAGGCUGCAGGUUUCCUCAUGAAGAAGGAGCUCGACUACUUUGCAAUGGCUCUGGAGAAGCCGCAGCGGCCGUUCCUGGCUAUUCUGGGAGGGGCUAAGGUGAAAGAUAAGAUCCAGCUGAUCAACAACAUGCUGGACAAAGUCAAUGAGAUGAUCAUUGGUGGAGGCAUGGCCUUCACUUUCCUCAAGGUCCUCAGAAACAUGGAGAUCGGCACCUCCCUGUUCGACGAAGAGGGCUCCAAGAUCGUCAAGGACCUGAUGGCCAAAGCUGAGAAGAACGGUGUGAAGAUCACCCUGCCUGUCGACUUUGUUAUCGCCGACAAGUUUGAUGAGAACGCUGCCACUGGGACCGCCACCGUGGAGAAGGGCAUCCCUGCCAACUGGAUGGGUCUGGACUGUGGGCCAGAGAGCUCAAAGGCCUUUGCUGAAGCUGUAGGCAGAGCCAAGCAGAUCGUGUGGAACGGACCCGUCGGUGUGUUUGAGUGGGACAAGUUCUCUCAUGGAACCAAGAACCUGAUGGACAAGGUGGUUGAGGUCACCAAGAGUGGCUGCGUCACCAUCAUCGGUGGGGGAGACACAGCCACAUGCUGCGCCAAGUGGGACACCGAAGACAAGGUCAGCCAUGUGAGCACAGGAGGCGGAGCCAGCCUGGAGUUGCUGGAAGGUAAAGUCCUGCCCGGAGUGGAUGCCCUCAGCAGCGUGUAAUUGGCAUGGAGGGGGGUGUCAGGCGGAGGAGAAACGGAGCACAGAGCCCCAUGGAAGCCCAACCUCAUUCGCUCUCCCUAUAGCCAUCAUCACCAUGGCAACACCACCAAUCAGCUCCCUGCACCACACUGCAUGCUGGCUCAAGACCAACUUCUGCAACAGUGGCGACAGAGGGACGGCGAGACUGAGCAACACACACACACACACACACACACACACACACACACACACACCCCCCCCCCCCAGUCAGCCAGCUUCCUCUCUGCCUCUCCCUCCUUCUAAAUGGCAGCAGCCCCAGACCUGUCCAAAGUGCUCUCUCUGUGCUGUGGUUUCACUGCGCUUGUUUCAUUCGGGAAUUCGGUGCUUUGAGGUCAUCUCUGUAUCGGCGUGGCAUUUGCGUGUGUCUUCUCGUGUCACUUUGUGUAGCGUGCCGCCAACCAUCACGGCCUGUAACCUUAGGUUGUCUCGUACAGAGUUUUGUACUCAUUUGCUCCUAGUCAAGUGUUGGACCUGAAUUAUGGCACCGUCUCCUGUAGGGUAGGCCAGUAGGGGUCCCUAGAACGGUUUAGUCUGAUCAUGUGGCCCACUCUGCUUACAAAAUAAACAUAUUUAAAAUACUAAAA